UGGUACAAGCAGAACAGAAAGAAGGGGCUAGCGCGUGCUGCCGAUGUUUUGCCAACUGCGUCUCCUCUCUCCUCUCCUCCCUACGCAACCGCCUCUUGAUGCUUCUCCAACUCGCUUCACGUCUCCUCCUCCGCCUUAAACGCAUAGCAGAUCUUCCUCCUCCUCCUCCUCCUCCUCUUCAUCUCCUUCAAGUAAGUAUCUAAUUUCCUCCAUCGCGAAUCAAUGUGUUCAUAAUCUUCACUGUUCCCUCAGAUCGAAUCAUCCUUUGUGUUUGCUCUUUUCUUUUUUCUUUUUUUUAAUUUCUGCAGAGUUUUGGAGAUUAUUUUAGUUUGAUGAUCUGUUAGCUGUAUGUUUACUUCUAUUCUAAAGAUAAUUGUUUGGCAUAAUUUUUAAUU